AUGAAUUCGUCGAUUGCCUUGCCGAAUCCGACCCAGUCUGACAACGAGUUCUCCUUUCUCGAGGCUCUCAACAUCGGCCCUACAAGUGAUCAGCUGUCUCUCAUGUCCAAAGAGAGGCUUGGCAUACCGACACAGGCUCCUCUUCACGAUACUACCCAGUUCAAAGGGCUCUCAGCAGCUCCUGUCAUCACGGAGACACCCGUACGACCACCAAGUCGAAGCCGGACAGCCAAGAUGACCGCGUCGGCUGCCCACGCCCGAGCUCAGACACAAUGCCUGGACGUGUGCCAGAAGACCACCAAAAUUGGGGAUCGUAUUUCAGUCCGCAUGCUCGAGUACCUGACCUCGGUCAAGCAAAACAACAUGCCCUUCGGGCUAGACAAUCUUGCUCACAGCUUCUUGUCCACUUGCCAAGUCCUCCUCACUCUGCAGGCCGGGCUCGAGGAAUGCUCCAGGGCUGGUCCAUUCUUUCCCGCAGAUCUUCUGUCGGAGCUGGAGAAGAAGUUUCGCGUGUGUCAAGCCGACUUCAACCUACUCGAUCAAAUGCUCUUGAAGGUGCUUGAAACCGAAAGAAAAAGCCAUGGCGCCAUGGGAAAGAUGAAGCGUGGCUUCAGCAAACUGUUUGGUGAUACCGACUUCAGCAAGAUGACUUAUGCCCUGGAGCAGACACGCGAAUCUCUGAGGAUGAGCGCUCUAAUGUUCCAAUGGAGCCUCGGCAACGAGAAGAUCGAGAGCUCACAGGGCAUCGGCUUCACCGGCUUGGCAGCUGCUCUGAACAAGCUGGACAGCAAGAAGCCGACCGCUGCUCUCGACCGAACCAAAUCGUUGGACGCGAGCCGUUCACACGCACACCUUGCUCAAGAUGGCGCCCAUACCGCACAGCCUCCUCUACCGCCGUUGCCUUGGUCGGAAAGAUCUGCAUCGAUCAAUCAGAAUCCUGCACCUGCCGCUUUCGAUACGUCGUUGGAUUCGCGCAACCAGAUCCCGGACACGCGGCACUGGAGCACAACAACGCCUAGCUCCGUGGGCUCCCACGAGCGCCCUGUCCAGAACCACCAGUUCGAUCGACUCAGCUCCUUUGAGGAGACACUCUCGCACCAUACCGGAAGCGACACAGCAACCGAUGGCCUCUUGGAAGAAAUUGCUGCUCUCGAGCUCGGCUCUACUGGGUCCAAGGGCGUCAUGCGCCUCAAGGUUGAUCCCUUCACCAUGCCACGCUGGACGCCCCGGGCGAGCGGCGGGGCGGAUGGCGCCGGGAUGAAAGGCGCCUUGACAGCGGCCAUUCGUGGUCGAAACCACAAACUAGUUGAGCAGCUGCUCGAUCGUGGCGUUUCGCCCAACACGGGGCCUGAGAUCAAUGCUUUGAUCGAAGCAGUCCGUGUGCAGGACUCUGAAAGCAUUCGGCUGCUGCUCUGCUUCGGGGCCGAUCCCAACGGAACAGAUCGAGAGGGCAUGACGCCGCUUGCCGCUGCCACAGAGAAAUCCUAUCUUCCUGGCGCAGUCAUGCUUGUCAAGUACGGCGCUGAUCCCAACGUCAAGGCAGGUCCAGAACCGGAAUCGCCCCUGGCAAUGGCGACGGUUGAGAACAAGGUCAGCCUAGCCCACUUGAUGCUCAUGUAUGGCGGUGACGUGAGCAUCCUCAAUGUGGAGGGCGACACGAUGCUCAUUAGCGCCAUCAACAAGAAAACGCCAGCCAAAUUUGUCGAUCUCCUGCUCGACUACGGUGCCGAUCCGAACGGGAAGAGCGAGGAGGGCAAGACGGCCCUCUUUGAGGCUAUCACUUCGUCUCGCGCGGAUAUAGUCACUAGCCUCUUGGAGCAUGGGGCCAACCCCAAUCUUCCAGGCCCGAAGCACAUGCUGUGGCCUUCGACAUACAAACCACAGUGCCUCCAGAUCAUGCUGCAGCACGGGGCGGACCCCAAGAAGGCCCCCGGCAUUAUGGAACUGGCCGCAAGCCUCAACAAGAUCGAGUCAGUCAAGAUCCUACUCAAGGCUGGCGUCGACCCCAACGCAAAGAAGGAUGGCGUUUACACGCCCCUGUGCACUUCGAUCCGAGACAAUCACCCAGAUAUCUUCCAGCUGCUGCUGAGCAGCGGCGCGAACCCAAACACACCUGCAAGCGAAUACCCCACUUUCAAGUGCAUCACUCACAAUCGACUGCAUUACCUGCCUCAGCUGGUGGCCGCUGGGGCGGACCUGAAUAGCCCGAAGGGAAUCGUCGAGACAGCUGUUGCCUUCAACAGCAUGGAGGGGCUCGUCUGGCUCCUCGACCAAGGAAUGGACCCGAACGAACGUAACCCCAAGGGCCAGUCGCCAUUGACCACCGCCAUCCGCGAGAGGCGCACAGAGAUGGUGGAUCUCUUGAUCAUGCGUGGCGCCGACCCUAACAAGCGCGGUGAAGAUUGGCCGGUUUGCAUGGCGGUGCACUGCCCCAUCAUUCUGCAGCGCAUCUUGUCAGUCCUUGCUGAGCCUCGUGCUUUCAAGGGUGUCAUUGAACGUGCUGUGGCCGCCAACCAGAUCGAGUCCGUCAAGCUUCUCCUGGCCGCCGGCGUUUCUGUGGAGGACAAGAAUGGCGGCGUCUUCUCUCCCCUGACCACUGCCAUCCGCGAGGAUCGUCGGGAGAUUGUCAAGUACCUGCUCGAUCCCAAGGGCGGAAACGCCGACAUCAAUGCUCCCGGCGAGCAUCUGCCCAUUGUCAAGGCCGUACGCCGCUACCAUGGCGAGGACACGGCUAUCAUGGAAAUGCUUCUUGAGAACGGCGCGAACCCGAACAAGGUAUACCGCGGGUGGAAUGCCAUGUUCCAAGCCAUCGAGAACGGUGAUCUGAAUGUGCUGCGACUCUUGAAGGAGAAAGGCGGUGGUGUCGAUCCCGACGUAAAGGACGAGAUGGGCCGAACAGUGCUGGAGAUGGCGGAACAGAGGGGAUGGGAGGAGGCUGUCAAGCUACUGCAGGAGAAGUAG